AUGAAGUGUUACCUUAUCCUUUCUGCCGCUGCGCUCGCCGCUGGCUCAGCCUUCUCGAACAACAACUUGCCUGCCAACAAUGUCGAGAACUUCGUUGCGCGAGCGAUCGACCCGAAGACCAUGGAUCCCACCCGUCUUUCGGUUCUCUCGGUGCUCAAGACUGCCAUCCCAUGCAGCGCCCGCUAUCCUGAGGCGACUGGCGAGGUAGAGGAGUGGUACUCGAAGCUGCCCGUGGAUGUCAAAUCACUGUUGCCCUCGCUCUACCCCGCGUCCUCGACUGGUGCAGCCUCCGUAUCCGGACCUGUUGCUAAGCUGGUAAACGUGUUCACCGCCGCGUGCUCAGCGUCCGGAACCACAACCACAACCACGCGUGUCACUGUCACAAAGACCGUCCAUUUGACAGGCUCAGCUACCGCAUUGAGCAACACCUCUACCAUCACAGCUGCGUCGAACGGAACAACCCUGAACGGCACCGGUGCGUUCCCAUCUCCCACGAACGGAACCUUGAGCUCUGCGAGUCCCAGCCUGACUUCGUUCACUGGCGACUCUGGUAAGAUGGAGGCCAUUGCUGUAUUCACCUGGAUCUUUGUCUUCGCUGUAUUUGUUCUCUUCCUCUAG